CUGUCGGCAUUCUGGUCCAAAAACGAAGCUCCCAGAGUGUUAGCCUAUGUGUCAUCCUCUCUGUGACUUUCAUCUUCCCUAUGUCACAAUCGAGCCAUUCAAAAUUUUUCACACCUCAUUCUCUCUCUAAUUUUUCCUCUUCACCCAUUUUCCCGAAUUAUCCUUUACUUUUUCCUAUUCAGAGUUUGUUGAGCGAAACAUCGAUUUUCUCAUUGUUCAAUCAAAUCUAGGGUUCACGAUUUCAUUUUCCUCUCUCUUCCCCUUUUUUCUUUUCCUUUCCUUCCCUACAAAUUUUCUCCCCCUCUUCCUUGCCCGAUCUAAUCAUGCUCUUAUUUUCUCAACAGAAUUCCGCUUUCUGUUUUAUCCAUCAAUCUUUCAUCCUAUCUCUCUUUCCUUGUUCAAAUUGUGGUAGAAUUCAUUUUUCUUAGGUUUCCAUAAUCGACUCCGUCAUCCCCAAAUUUCAAUUUCGGACAAUUCGAUUUCUUUUUCUUUUAGGUCCUGUAUAUUUAUUUAAAUUUUUUUUCGUAAUUUUUCUUAUAGAAUCGCGAAUACUAUACGUGAAGGAUGUGAAUAGUGUAUAGGUUUUACGUGCUGAUAACUCUUUGUGAAUUAGGUUAUUGUAAAUUUAUAGUUUUUUUUUUCUUUCUGAUUUGGGAGAAGUCAGUUAUGCAUAUUGAGGAAUUGAAGGGAGGUGAGGUUGGAGAAGGUGGUGAGGAAGGGAGAUGGAGCUUGGUUGGUUUGGAUACAAAAAGGGUUUUGGUUGGAGCAGGUGCUAGAGCGCUGUUUUAUCCUACGCUUGUUUAUAAUGUUGUUAGGAAUAGGCUUCAGGCUGAGUUUCGAUGGUGGGAUAAAGUUGACGAGUUCAUAUUGUUAGGUGCUGUUCCAUUUCCUAUUGAUGUUCCUCGCUUGAAGGAUCUUGGUGUUCGCGGGGUCAUUACAUUGAAUGAGUCAUAUGAGACUUUGGUUCCAACCAAAUUAUAUUAUACUCAUGGCAUUGAUCAUCUGGUGAUUCCUACCAGAGAUUAUUGUUUUGCUCCAUCAUUACAUAACAUACGCCGUGCUGUUGACUUCAUACACGAAAAUGCAUUGUCUGGACGUACUACAUAUGUCCACUGCAAAGCAGGACGGGGUCGCAGCACAACUGUUGUUAUUUGUUAUCUGGUGCACCACAAACUGAUGUCCCCUGAUGCUGCAUAUGAAUAUGUUAAGUCAAUUCGGCCAAGGGUGCUUCUAGCUUCCUCUCAGUGGCAAGCUGUCCUGGAUUACUACCGCCACCUUAUUAUGAGGAGGGCUAUUGGAUUUGCACCUGGAGCUGAUCUAUUUGUAAAGGCUUCUGGGGUUGUUGCAGCAGCUUCACGAGAUCUUGUCAAGUUUGAUGACAAUUCUGUAGUUGUGGUAACAGAGCAAGAUCUUGAGGGAUAUGACCCAAGUUGUGAAUCAGGAGCCAUGGCAAGUGAAAUAUGGGCAGACUUAAGCGUUGUUUACCGUGUGCGAGUUGCUGGACAGGCAGCAUUGGCAAGAAUAUCAUGCCUUUGGUUGCGAUAUGGUACCACUGACCAGAAGAUUUCUGCGGAAAACUUGAGCAGGGAAAGCAAUUGCUCAAUCAGAAGUAAUCACUUGGGAGGAAUAAGUGUUGAUAUUCACGUGUACUGAGAAAAAUAGCCUAAGUUGCCUCUAAGUUUGACAAGUUAACCCCGUGUUAUAUGCGUCCAAUAAUAAUUCAUGUAUGACGGGGCUGCAUCCAUAACUCGUGUUUUCCUCUGUAUAUAUUCCGUUACUUUGCUCAUUUCAAUGCAAGUGAUGAGUGUCAUACAGGUCAAUCAGUCGACGUGGCUUCCUUUAAAAAUUUACAUUAAGGAAGAGAGAAGAUGACAAAUAGGUGAAUCAGACUAUGAAAGAUAAAAAUAUAUUGUAAUUUGCUUAUUUACUUAUAAAAAUAUAAACUUGUUUUUCAGAGCCUGUUUGGUUUUUGAU